UCAACUACCCGUUAGCACAUAAGUCCUACUGGGAGUCAAGUCACCGAGGAAAAAAUCUGACAACGGUUUGUAAAAAGUGCCCCGAGGAGAGAGAGGUACAAGUAGACAGGAUGAUAGUGUAUCCGCCCUCGCCGAAUCGGCCCAACAAGCGCACCGUCGUCCAGUGGCGGCAGACCAACGUCGAGGAGGGACUCGUCCGCACUGACAAAGACAUGCUCAACAAACUUGUCAAAAGAGAACCGAUCGAAAAAUAUUACAAACUCGACCCUGCACCAUUUGCCAAUGGCAUGUUCGCCUCAGUCUGGCGGUGUAGGAGCCUGGCCAACGGAGAGGUUUAUGCUGCCAAGUUCUCAAGCAGAAAGCGGUACGGUGAAGAUUGCACCAGAGAGAUACACCACGAGAUCGCCCUCUUGUCGCUUUGCUCCCCCUCGCCCAGGAUCGUCAAGCUGCACGACGUUUUCCAGACACCCAACGAAUUCAUAAUAGUAAUGGAAUUUGCCCCUGGCGGAGACAUGCAGACCCUUAUUGAUGACAACCUUGUGCCUUAUGAACGAGACGUCGUUAAAUAUGUACAAGACGUCGUCGAAGGUCUGGCCUAUCUUCACCACAGAAAAAUCGCCCACCUCGAUAUAAAGCCUCAAAAUCUAGUGAUGAUGGGGGAUUUUCCCGACUGCGAAGUCAAGGUCUGCGAUUUUGAGAUAUCGAGAGUGAUUCUCGAUGGGACGGAGGUUCACGAAAUUCUCGGUACACCUGAGUACGUAGCUCCAGAAAUCCUGCAUUAUGAGCCUAUCACACUAGCUGCUGAUAUGUGGUCUUUGGGAGUGACGACCUAUGUUCUUUUGACUGGUUUCUCCCCUUUUGGUGGCGAGACUGAUCAAGAAACUUUUCUCAACAUAUCGAAAGCGCAGGUCGACUUUCCGGAUGAACUUUUCGAAGAUAUAUCUGAAGAGGCUAAAGAUUUCGUUAGGAGGCUUCUUUUACGAAAGCCCAGUGAGAGGAUGACGGCCAAAGAAGCGUUGAAGCACCCGUGGCUCUCGAACGCCAGAAAAUGCAGCAGGCCAUGCAUGAGGGCGAACAGGAACCAAAUCAGGCGAGGCUGUACCGCCUGUCCGUCACAUUCUAGCCAAUUUUCGGGAGUCCAAGAGAGCAAGGCGACAAGAAGUUACCUUUCAAAAUCGAGGGAGGCUUUAUUCGAAAAAGUCAUGUCCAGAGGAGUCGAUUUAAGAAAGAGAACACUUGUACAACAAUAUAGCAGAGCCAGGAGAAUGUACGAAAGCCAAGUGUCCCUUGGAGCUGGAGACAAAUCGCUAAUGUUGUCCAGGGAAAAACUAUACGGACUCAAGUCUCUUUCUAAGUCCCAAGAAGUCCUCAGUCUUUACAGAUCGGUGCUGAAUCUCAGCGAGGAAGCGAUAGUGAAAGCAAACGGGGAAACACAGACCGACAAUAAGGAAGAAGAGAAAAAAGUAGCGGCACUAGAGAACAAUAACAAUAAUAGUACUAAAAACAACUGCGAUGAAGAUAAAGAAGAAGACAAACCAGAAGAGCAGAAAAACAGUAACGGCAGGGUUAUGUCCCCGGUCACCACUGAACCGGCCACCACCUCGGAAUCCGAUGAAGACUCAAUAACAUCAGUAGAAUCCAGAGCUUGCGAAGACACGCCGACUCCGGCCACUGUGGAGGAAGAAGAGCCCAAGUUUACAGUGGCCCAACUCGUCUCCGCCUACGAUAGGCACCAAGAAAUCGUCACCAAAUCGUCCAUCGAAGUAACCAUGAGGUCUGGUAGCAUCGAGGAAAAGUUCGGGAACAAACCCUUCCCUACAGGGCCGAACGCGCUACGGCUUUUUAUCCCGGACAUCCAGCUGAGAAAGUCCAAAAGGAAGAAGAAGAGGAUGCCUAGGGUUUCAACUGGUCUCCCUCAAGAGCCCGUUAAAGAUUUGGACUUGGAAUUAGAAUCUGACAAAAAGCCGGAGGCUGAAGAGUUGUUGAGCGAAAGGCUCGGCGCCGAACCGACGGUACCCAAAUACCUUAGAUCAGAAACUACCCCUGAACCCAAGAUAGAGAAAAAGAAACCACCCUACUACAUGACUCCUCUCGAGUUGAAGCAGCAUCCAAUGUCCAACGUGGCAAAAACUGUGGAACUGUUCAACAAUUUCCGGCCGGACAGAAAAUCCUUUUCCUCUUCCAGGUCACCGCUGAGUACGCCGGAGUCAGAAAAAUCCAGGAGAAAAUCCUCGCCUCCGACCAUGAAGCCUUUCUAGGCGAUUGUCUUCCUUUAUGCCGCGUGUGUUGCUCAAGGAGGUUAGUCAUUGCGCAUAUGAUACGGCUUGUGUCUGUGUUAUUAGCUAUGGUUGAUAUUUAGACAAUCAUCCACCUUUAAAUUGUCGUUUCAAUCAUUUAGGAAAGGAUAAACAGUUUGUUUAACGUUUAAACUGUUUGAAAAAUAUUUAUUUUUAUAUUUACAAUUAUUGAACCCCUUGUGUGUUUAAACGUUGGUUUGAUCUUUAUGAGCCGUAUUAAUUGAAUUGCCAAAUAGAGCCUCCAAGUUCCUUCGAUAUCCAUAAUGAUAAACGUGAAUGAAUUGUAUAUUUCUCUUAGAUUUAAGAUGACACAUAAUUUGAUCUGUUUGCAUUAUAUUAUUGUAUAUUAUAUUCCA